AUGGGUAAUCUGGUGAAUGCAUCAGAAGAUGCGGCUGAGGAUGAAAAGGAGAAGAAACAGUCUACAGUGCCCACUGGUGGAGCUUUUUAUAUGCACGAUGAUAGAUUUCAGGAAAUUUCUGGUUCUGGUGGCCGAAGCAGGGGAAGGCGUGGUGGAAGACCUUGGGGAUCUGGAGAUGAAAGAAAAUGGGGACAUGACAAAUUUGAGGAGUUGAAUACUCAGGAAAAGCAUUACGAUCAGCGGGGUUCUAGAGGCCGAUUCAGAGGUCGUGGUACUGGCCGGGGUAGGGGACAAGAGCGUGGAUACACUAGAGGGGGCAGUUCUAACGCAUCAACCAGCAGGGGACAGCAAGUUUAUCGUCCUAAAGCUGUCACUCAAGGGAGAGGGCCCAGAAAAUAUGAUACUCCCCUUACUAAUGUCAAUCAAGCACAUUCCGUGCAAAGCAAACAGUUACGAAAUCCUCAUGGAUCACAAAACUCUCAUGAGAAAGUGUCACACCUUGAUUCACGGCGUUCAACAACUGUCCCUACUAAAACUGGGAAUGAAGUUGUCUAUGUCAAAAAGAAUGUAGUUGCUUCUAGUCUAAGUUCUGCUUCUCGUCCAUUUUAUCCUUCAGAGUCCUCCAGUAACUUGGUACAUGGUAUACAAGUUGGUAUGGAAAAACUCCACACAAAUGAACGUGCUGCGCCUUCUGGGCAGAAGUAUAGAAAUACAAAACCCGUAUAUUCACCAGUUACUACCGCCCAGACUUUUCAGUCCGCGAGUCAAGGUAGAAGUGCACCUGCUGCUGGGAAUGUGUUUUACCCGCAAUCUCAUAACCAUGGUGACAGAUUUUCAUCACCAAUGCAAGUCAAUGGAGGUUCAAAAGGCACUGGUCAAAGCCGUAUUAGACCUUCUGGUCAGGGUUUUGAUCAGCACUCUGCUGUUGUCAAAUCAUUGUCUUCCUCUCCCCAGAAAACUAGCUCAGCGAGAAAUCGGUAUCCUCCUGGUGAAAUAGAAUCUGUAGCCGAAACAGGUGCAUCAAUUGCUAAGGGAAAAGGGAAUCUCCAUCCUAGUGGAAGCGGCUCUUUUAUGUAUAGUGGAUCUCAAGUCAUGGGGCUAGCAGAAAGUCUGGCAUCUGGUGACAAAUCGAAUUUCCCAGCUUAUCUGCCUGUUAUGCAAUUCGGUGGUCAGCAUGGUGGGGUUCCGACUAUUGGAAUGGCUAUUCCAGGAUAUUACCAGUCUGAAAAUGGUGUUGGGAAUCCGGAGAUGACAUGGAUGCCAGUUUUGACUGGUCCAGGAGCUUUAGGGGCUUCAUACAGUCCACCAUAUGCUGCUAUUGAUGGCUCUUACCAAGCAUGCAAGCCAGGGUUACCUUCAUCUGCGGGAUCCUCCAGCAGAGAGAAUAGUACCAACAACCUUAAUGACCUGGAGAAACUAAUGGAGAGGCCUGAGGUUACAGAGAGUGGGGUUUCACAACGGCAGAACAACAACCCAAGCAAGCAACCUCGUAGGUACUCGGAGAUGAGCUUUAGCAAGUGA